AUGACCACCAGAGGCAUUAGGAGGAAAAAGUCGUACCUGGCGGAGAUCAAGGUAGCCGUGAUCGGAGCACCUUGCGUCGGGAAAAGCGCUCUCACGGUUAGAUUUCUCACCAAACGAUACAUAGGGGAAUACGAUCAUCAGGCAGAAAAUCGACACAAGUAUGAAAUCAUGGUCGACGGCGAAGCGGUCCUGUGUGAGAUUUGGGAUACCUGUCCAAAGGUAAGACCCAGUUGCAUGGAUUCGGUACAGUGGGCAGACGGGCUACUGCUGGUGUACUCCAUCACCGACCGGGACUCGUUCAACUACAUUCGCAGGGCGAAAGAGGAACUGGCCGGCGACACACCGGUCGCGCUCGUCGGCAACAAGGUGGACAUGGUGCACCUGCGGCAGGUCAGCACGGACGAGGGCGAGAUCCUGGCGAAGGACUUUGAGUGCAAGUUUUUCGAAAUCUCCGCCGCCGAACAUGUGUACCAGGUGGCCGAAGCAUUCCUCGAGCUGUGCCGUGAGGUGCUGACGGCAAAGCGCAAGUCGAAGCAGAGCUUCAUCGACAAGAUUGACCGCAUGCUGAGCGGCUCGCGGACGUACAAUCGCGGAAAAAGUGAUAGCAUAUCGCCGAAGGAUUGAGAU